GCGGGGCCGGGCCGUGCGUCACUUCCGCUGUCAGGUGGCCGCCGCGGAGCGGAGCGGAGGCCGCGCGGGGCUGCGGGGAGCGGCCGCGCCGGCCCCGGGGCCAUGGAGCCCUCGACCUUCCAACCAGCCAGGCUUCUCCGAGGUGAGGACUCCUGUCUGCUGAGACGCUGGAAAACCUAGUUUGGGAGAAGAGUGAAGAUACAGUUGAUGCUGAACUACAGCCAAGGAUGAAGCGGCGAGCAUCAGACAGAGGAGCUGGAGAAACAUCCACUAAGGCAAAAGCUCUUUGUACAGGGAUCUCUGGAAAUAAUGCCAAGAGAGCGGGCCCUUUCAUACUGGGUCCACGUUUAGGUAACUCUCCUGUGCCAAGUAUUGUUCAGUGUUUGGCAAGGAAGGAUGGGACAGAUGACUUUUAUCAGCUAAAGAUUCUCACCUUAGAAGAAAGGGGCGAUAAAGGAACAGAAACACAGGAAGAACGACAGGGCAAGAUGCUGCUGCACACGGAGUAUUCUCUCCUUUCCCUGCUCCACAAUCAGGAAGGAGUGGUUCAUCACCAUGGGCUCUUCCAGGACCGAGCUUGCGAAAUUAUAGAAGAUCUAGAAGCCAACAGAAUGGUCAGAAAAAUGAAGAAGCGCAUUUGCCUUGUGUUAGACUGUCUCUGUGCUCAUGAUUUCAGUGACAAAACAGCAGAUCUGAUCAAUCUGCAGCAUUAUGUCAUUAAGGAGAAGAGGCUGAGUGAGCGAGAGACGGUUGUGAUAUUUUAUGAUGUGGUACGAGUGGUGGAAGCAUUACAUAAGAAAAAUAUUGUGCACAGAGACUUGAAACUAGGAAACAUGGUGCUAAACAAAAGGACUCAUCGGAUAACCAUAACAAACUUCUGCCUGGGGAAGCACCUGGUGAGUGAGGAUGACCUUCUGAAGGACCAGCGGGGGAGCCCUGCCUACAUCAGCCCCGAUGUGCUCAGCGGUCGGCCGUACCGUGGCAAACCCAGCGACAUGUGGGCGCUGGGCGUCGUGCUCUUCACCAUGCUCUAUGGCCAGUUCCCCUUCUAUGACAGCAUACCUCAGGAGCUCUUCCGCAAAAUCAAGGCUGCCGAGUACACCAUCCCUGAGGAUGGUCGGGUCUCAGAGAACACUGUGUGCUUGAUCCGAAAACUGCUCGUCUUGGAUCCGCAGCAGCGCCUGACGGCUUCUGAAGUGCUGGAUUCUCUCAGCUCCAUCAUAGCAUCGUGGCAGUCCAUGUCAUCGCUGAGCGGUCCUUUGCAGGUGGUGCCGGACAUUGAUGACCAGGUGGCCAACCCUGAACACUCACAGGAGGCGAAGGUGACGGAGGAAUGCUCGCAGUACGAGUUCGAGAACUACAUGAGGCAGCAGCUGCUCCUGGCCGAGGAGAAGAACACUUUGCACGAGGCCAAGAGCUUCCUGCAGAAGCGACAGUUUGGGAACAUCCCCCCCGUGCGCCGCCUGGGCCACGAUGCGCAGCCCAUGAACCCUCUGGAUGCGGCCAUCCUGGCCCAGCGCUACCUGCGGAAGUAGCUUCCACACCUCUGGGAGCAGAGCACGCCCUGCAGCCCGCUCCCACACUGCAGCCCAGCAGCAAUACCGGUGUCCCACGACGGAGAAUCAUGUAGCAGUUCUGAGCUCUGCUCGGGGACACACUCUGGAGGGAGAAGACUUUUUCACGAAGCUCCUUUUGGAAGCAGCGGCCUCUCGGCGUCUUCUGGAAUCUCUGUUUUUAAAUCGAAGCCUAGGUGACUAAUCUGCUUCUAAUCACGACUGUAAUCUACCUCUCUUGUCUUUUUAACCGUGCUGUUCUCUGGACCGAGCAAAGCCCGUGGGGAAGGAGACUCCCAGGGUGAAGCUGGCUUGCUGGCACGAGAGUUUGCGGCUGUGUAGCAUGGAGAGUCGACCGAUUGCAUUCGCUCCGUAUGGUUUGAAUAAGCUUAGAUUUAUCCGGGUUUCUUGAAAGUAAGAAUUUCCUGAAGCCUCCCACUUCCCCCCCCCCAUCUGCAUCGAAUCUUUUUCUGUUCUUACCGUGCCCCCUGGUGUUGCUGCACUGCCCUGGGUGGUGGUGUGUGUGGGUGGGAGGACCAACAGCCCCCCAUCACCCAGCAGUCCAUCACCAACAGCCCUCAACGGUGGCACAGGGAUGGGAAGAGUGACUGCAGGCCAUGGCUGUGCAGACCAUCCCCCCCUGUGCCCGUGGUUGAUUGGGGGCUGCACAGCACUCAGCCCUGCGUGGCCUUCUCCCUCUCCCCCAGCUCUUUUAGUUUUCAUUAAGAAUACACGAUUUAAUCUUUAUUUUUUUUUUUCCUGUAGCUUAUCCGAGGUGCAGUUAAAGUUGCAUUAAUUCUGACCUAGCAUUUUCACACUUCAGUUGUGGUACAGAUCUAAUAUAUGGGUUAUAAUGUGAACGAGCUGCCCCCCAUCAUCCACCCGAGCUCUGUGCUCCAGUGGGGUGAGCAGCAGCUCAGGUGUAGCAUUGCCUUCUCUUGCCCCUCGUGGGGCUGCUGCCUGCUCAUGGCUGGAGCAGCAGGCGUUGCUCCCCUCGCCGCAGCCCCCAGCUGAGCCAGUAGCUUCAAGCCUUCGCCUUAUUUAUUGAGCUGACGGAUCUGUCCCCUGCCCCACCACCCUCCCCUCUCCUCCCCGUUUCUUUUUCUCUUCCGUUUCCCAAAGUCAAAGCAAUACUCUGGGGCCUGUGAUACGGAGUGCCAUCGCCGGGGGAUCACAGCUGUGCUACAGUUGGACUGGAACCAGGGGGGGGAGGGAGGGGGACACGAGUGGUGCGCUGGGGAGCGGUGUUGGCACGCUGUGGGGAAAGGUUCCUAUUGUAAGGAAAAGGAGAAAAAAAAAAAAGAGGAAAAAAAAAAAUUUGUAUAAAGAUGUUAUUUUUGUACUACAUCGAACCUCCUCCUGCAUGUCGGCAAUAAAAGUUGGUACUGAGA